AAAUUAUAUACAGAAAUUUUUUUAUAUACAAAUACAAAAAUGGAAGAAGAAAUUAUAGAAAAUACAAAUUUUAUAUUUUUCGAUACUCAGCAUCAAGAUUUUACUUUACAAGCAUUAAAUACAAUGAGAAAAAAUAAACAUUUUUGUGAUGUUAUUUUACAUGUUGGAAACACCGAAAUCCAUGCCCAUAGAUGUGUAUUAGCUAGUGCAUCCCCAUAUUUAUUAGAACUAUUCACCACGGAUCAAGAUAAUAACGUAAGAAAAUGUGAGAAUGUUAUUACAUACAAAUUAAAUGGUGGUUUUGAUAAAUUCGCAUUACAUCGUUUAGUGGAAUAUGCUUACACAUCUAAACUUGAAAUUCCACAAGCACAGGUGAAGGCCGUAUAUUUGGCAGCAUGCCAAUUAAAAAUGGACAGAGUUGUAAAAGAAUGUAUUCAGCAUUUGAUCAAAAAUUUGAAUAUAGAAAAUUGUAUUGAGACAAGAUCAUUACCAGGCAUUGCAAAAAAUCGUGAAUUUGUUGCUCAAGUUGAUCGAUUUAUUGCAAAUGAAUUCGACAAUCUUACAAAAAACAAGGUAUUAUUAUCAUUAAACUGUGUCCAAGUUGAAAUAUUAAGUCAAACACGACAAGAAAUGUCAUUGGGUAAUCCUCAUUCACUAUGCCAUCUAGUAUUAGACUGGAUUAAACGACAAGUAUUAAAUGAUCUCGUUGAAAUACCACCACUAUAUGAAAAGAUGCACAUGCUUUAUUUAGCUAUGGAUAACUCAUUACAAGAUUGUUCGGAUUUACCAUCAGAAGAUGUCUCCAAUACAGAUAUGGUCCGUGAUUACAAGAAACUAUCACUUAAAAAUGGACCAAACUCUCAAAAACAGAAACGUAAAUGUUUAGGACAACCAUCAAAACCUCGUGUGCUUAUUUAUUCCAGAGAUAUAGGUGUGGAAGAUGUUGAACAAGAAUUUGAUAAAGAUUGGAAUUUAAUUGGAUCAUCCACAGUUGCUGAACAUACAUUCCUUGCACUCGUCACAUUAAGUGGUCGUUUAACCACAUUAUCAGUACAAUUACGUUUAAAUCCACCAACAACAUCUAAUUCCGUACCAAAUACACCUGGUGUUGUCAGUAAUCAUGGUGGUACUAAUGGAAGCCGGACACCACCUGAAUUAUCUUUAUCAAACGGAAAUUUCUAUAAUGGAAGUCAUACUGGUAGUUUGAAUGGAAGUGAUACGCCAAUAAGUACCUGCAGUACUGGAGCUGAUUCUGAUAUUGCUGCUGCAUUUUCUUACGAACAAGAACCAGAUUUAUAUUGUACAAUUUCGUCAAUGAGUUCUGGCAAGUGUGCCGUAGGAUGUUUGGGAGUGAAAGAUUCGUUAAUAGUUUGCGGUGGAUAUGAUCGUGUGGAAUGCUUAAAGACAGUUGAAAUAUACAUUCCAAUGACAAAUAAAUGGAUAAACCUUCCAAAUAUGCGUGAAAAUCGUGGAAGAUUCCAAAUUGCAUUUGUAAAUGGUAUUGUGUACGCACUUGGUGGUUCAAAUGGUCAUACAGAAUUAAAUUCCGUUGAACAAUUGAAUUUAAGUAACACGCCAUUAAAGUGGCAAAAAUCUAUGCCAAUGCCGAUUGCUAGAUCUAAUCAUGGUGCGUGUACACUCAAUGAUAAAAUCUACUGUAUUGGCGGUUGGAAUGGACAAGCUGGAAUUAAACAAUGUGAUAUUUUCGAUACAAGUUCCAAUCAGUGGGUCGCAAUUGCCCCAUUAAAUACUGGCCGACAUCAAGCUGGUGUUGCCCCAUUUAAUAAUAUGGUGUAUGCAAUUGGAGGAACAGACAAUUGGAAUUGUCUGAACUCUGUUGAAGUUUAUAAUCCUGAACAGAAUACAUGGACAUAUUCUCAUACGAUAAAUACUCCGCGGCGUGGGUGUGGUGCUUGUGUUUUUAAAAAUAAACUUUAUGUCAUUGGUGGUUCGGAUGGAACAUCAUCGUUGAGUACAACUGAAAUCUUUGACGAAGAUUCCAAUACAUGGGUUGCGGGACCAAGUAUGACCACACCACGAGCUAAUGUUGCAGUAGCUGUUGUCGAUAAUCGCUUAUAUGCAGUAGGAGGCUUUUCAGGAAAAACAUUUUUAAAUUCUAUUGAAUAUCUGGACGAAUAUUCAAACGAGUGGACCACUUUUAUACCGAAAACAAAAGAAAUAAGUGACAUGCUUGAAUUCAAUCUCGAUAGUCUAAAAUAUAGUCUGAUGCAUGGAUUUGAUUCCGUGGAUGAGAGCAACAGUGGUGUCAAUACUAAAAUGGAAACGAGUACAGUAAUAUCAACAUAAAUCCAACCACUUCUCUUGUUCCUCUCCAUCACUCCAUAACUACUUCAAGGUAGUAUUCAUCCUCAUUCACUCUAUCUAAAAUAUUCAAGAUGAAUUCAAUAUAUCAAAACACGUUGUCUGUUUACUAGUAUUAUCUUGAAUAAUAUCAUCCAAUCAACUAUAUUAAAUGUGUGUCUAUCGAUAACCACUAUCUAAUAAGCAUUUUUUCCGUCAAAUAUACAAAAUUAUAUUAUAUAUUAUACAACAAAUCUUCUACUAAUUGUACGCAUGUGCAGUUUUUAUGUUUUAUUAUUAUUAUACAUGAGAUUGUAUUGUAAAAAAAGAAAGAAAAUGAAUUUUCAAAUUCAUUAUAUUGUAAUAAUAAAUAUUGUAAAUUGAAAAGAAUAAAACAUCAGUUUCAUAAAUGAUGCAAGUUAAUAAAAAACAAA